UUAAAUUUCAUUCAUUUACCUUAUUAAGCUUUUCUUAGUGCCUAAAGUGUCUGCAAGUGGAAAUCCAGAGGAAGACAGAGAGAAACUGAGUUCCUGACAAUGCAUUCACUAAAGAAAGUGACUUUUGAAGAUGUAGCUAUUGACUUCACCCAGGAAGAGUGGGCCAUGAUGGACACAUCCAAGAGAAAGCUGUACAGAGAUGUGAUGCUGGAAAAUAUCAGUCACCUGGUGUCCCUCGGAUACCAGAUAAGCAAAUCCUAUAUAAUUUUGCAGCUGGAGCAAGGAAAAGAGCUGUGGCAGGAAGGAAGAGAAUUUCUUCAAGACCAGAAACCAGACAGGGAAAGUGCCCUUAAGAAAACACACAUGAUAUCCAUGCAUCCUAUCACCAGAAAAGAUGUAUCCACCUGUAUGACAAUGGAGAACUCUCUCAUUCUGGAGGAUCCUUUUGAAUGUAAUGAUUCGGGGGAAGAUUGCACUCACAGUUCCACAAUAACUCAGUGUUUGUUAACUCAUAGUGGAAAGAAACCCUAUGUCAGCAAACGGUGUGGAAAAUCCUUUCGUAAUCCUUUCUCCCCUAAACCACAUAAACAAAUUCAUACUAAAGGUAAAUCAUAUCAGUGUAAUCUAUGUGAAAAGGCCUAUACUAAUUGCUUUCACCUUAGACGGCACAAGAUGACUCACACUGGAGAGAGGCCAUAUGCAUGUCAUCUAUGUAGAAAAGCCUUCACUCAGUGUUCUCACCUUAGAAGACAUGAGAAAACUCACACAGGACAGAGACCAUAUAAGUGUCAUCCAUGUGGGAAAGCCUUUAUUCAAUCCUUUAACCUUCAAGGACAUGAGAGAACUCACCUUGGAAAAAAGUGUUAUCAAUGUGAUAACAGUGGGAAAGCCUUUAGUCAAAGCUCUGGCUUUAGAGGAAACAAAAUAAUUCACACUGGAGAGAAACCACAUGCUUGCCUUCUAUGUGGGAAGGCCUUCAGUCUGUCUUCCAACCUUAGAUGA